AAGCGUGUUUCAGGUGCCCCAACUCAAUCCACUUUGCGGCUUCUUGCGUUCGACACAGUUCUGCUUUGGCCGCGAAACGCGCCGCAACUCCAACACGAAACCGACUCCUUCAUGUGCAUAUCGUGCUGUUAUUCUCAAGUGCUCUAUUCUCACACUUUGCCGCAACAAAACGGAAUUUUUGGUGAAUGUGGGGGUGGCUUUUUCAGUGUAUAGUGAUGGAGAGGAGGAAACCAAACUAAAACGCCGUAAUGUGCCCUGGAUGUGGAAGAUGCUGGACGGCUCUGCAAGUGGUAUGGAGUACAGUAUACGUGAUUUGUGGAGCUGCCCAGCUCAUUUCUGGGAUUUUUUUCCUAAUUUCGAUCCCGGCCCUUCACCUGACCUGCAACAUAUGGACCGGAUCGUGGAACGUCAUAAUCGGCAUUGUUGGCGGGAUGUUGUCCUGUCUGGGACGCUUAUCGCCCCGACGCCAGGAAUUCCUCCUUUACAUGGCCGUCUCAAUCCUGACAGUGAACAGCGUCAACGUCGUCCUGAGCGAGUGGGGGCUUUACUUCACAGACAUGACGGAGCUGUUGAAAAAUCAUCCCAAUCACAUGCUGAUUGACUACGCAUGUUUUGCCACACGGAUCGCCACAGCCGCCGUCAUCUUAGUCUCCCUUCUCGACAGUCAAUUCGCUUUCUGUUCUAUGCAGAUAGCACCGAAUAAGAAAGAUAAGAAGAAAUUGCACGGAUCCCACGAACAGGUCUCCGACAUUGAGUACAUCAUACCAAGGCCAAAAUCAGCCAAACCCCCAACCGUCUACAACGCCUACUCCCAAAGUUGGGUGUUCGAGUCGGACAGCGCAAGUUGUUCAAACACCGCCGAAUCCCCCUACUUGAAAAUCCUCGAGAACGGCACCCCGAAACCCAAAUCAAAGAAACUCCAAAACGGCGUCGUGAGCGACACCACCCACCUCAUCGAUAAUCCCGUAGUGCACAUCGAAGAGGCAUCGGACGAUAGUAACAGUAACAGUGAUCGUAAACUUUGCCACAUGCGUAGUUUCUCGCGCUCGGCUUCGCCUGUGCUCUCGGGCGGCUCCUCCCGCGUUAACUUGCACCAAAGCAGCACCAAUCCGCCGAUCUACGACUGCUUGGAGAGCAUCUACAGGACGCGUCUAAACACCGGCCCCCGGGACGAGGAGCACUACCAAGCCCCCCAGGCCAUGGUGCUGCGGCGGGUGGAGUCCGUGAGCCCCCACGCGGAGAAGGUCCAGUACGCCUCGCUGAUGAAGGAGCUGCAGCGCGCCAUCGUCAGCAAGAAGGAGCCGUCGGUGACGUCCCCCAGCUCCGACUCCAAGAGCAGCUCCAAGACCAGCAGCGACGCCGAGUUCUCCAAGGAGCUGGAGGCGGCGCUCCAGCUGAUCCAGGACCUGGAGUCGCCCAACACCAUCGAGACGCCCUCGGUGAAGGAGCGGCCCCUGGCUGUGUGGCAGACCAGCGGCAGUGAGAGCGAAAAGACUCUAAGUGCUGUGGGGUCGCUGGCGGAGAUCGCCUCCCCGGAAGGGGCGCCCACGAACGGUAAGCCCGCCGUCCCCGACUCCCAGAGCACCUCCGGGUACAGCUCCCCCUCCCAUCCCACCCCCAGCUGGUCCACCACCUCCUCCCUCAACGGAAGCAGCACCGACAUGGCCUAUUCCAUUCAUAACGCGCAUUCCGGCACAGUCAUCUCCCUCUACUCCCAAGUUAACCCGCAAUCCAAAGGCAAAUCAGUAACACUAGUCAACAUAAACGGUGACCCCACCCCGAUUCACGACGCUGUUAGUACCAAAAGUGGGGAGAAAAACCCGGGCUGGAGGUCGCUACUGAGGAAGAAGAAACAGCCGCCGAAACUGUGCCCGGAGUUAGAGGGGGCUAUUAUUAAGUCGGAGAGUUUGGCGUAUCUGUCCGAGCUUGAGUUGCUAGCGAGGCAUCAGAGAAAUAAAGAGAUACAAAGGGAAAUCGAAGAAAGAGUAAUCCAACAGCUGGGUACUCCAAGGACUGAGUCAAAUUGCUAAAACUCAAUUAGAAAGUUAGCGAAACUUAACGUUGAAACCCCUCAACUCUGAGCUGCAGGUCAGCGACGUCCAUUUUUUCCAAUUCUACGAUUUAUAUUUUCGAUACUUGUACGUAAAAAAACAUCUCUAUGUGUACAUAUUGUUGUUAUAGUUAUAUAGUUUAUAUCAUAAUUCUAUUGUAAAUAUUACAAUAAAAAGUCCCUUUUAUAUUGUACCUUUUCUUUUUUAUAUUUAGUAUUAUUUAUAAUAAGCGAAAACCAAUAAAGCGAUUCCGAUUUCUA